GCUAGCCCUUUCCGGUUGCGUAACCGGAAGACCAGGCGCCGCGCUCUGCCCCCCCGGGUUCUCUAUGGUGUCUGGAGAAAUACCAGGGCGACGAUGGCUCUGGCGGGAGCGCUGAAGGGCGUCCGGGCAGCUUCGGCCGGCGGGCGGCUCCUGCGGAGCCUCUCGAGCUCGGCGGCGCUUCUGCAGAGGCCGGCGCAGGCGGAGGGCGCCUUCCCGGUGACGCUGCUGCCGGGGGACGGCGUGGGCCCGGAGCUGAUGCACUCCGUCAAGGAGGUCUUCAAGGUGGCGGGCGUGCCGGUGCAGUUCGACGAGCACCACCUGAGCGAGGUGCAGAACCUGGCCUCGGAGGAGAUCCUGGAGCAGGUGCUGGAGUCCAUGCAGAAGAGCAAGGUGGCCCUGAUCGGGAAGAUCCACACCCCCAUGGAAUACAAAGGGGAGCUGGCUUCCUACGACAUGAGGCUCAGGCGAAAGCUUGACCUCUUUGCCAACGUGGUCCACGUGAGCAGCCUGCCUGGCUAUAAAACCCGACACAACAACCUGGACCUGGUGAUCAUCCGUGAGCAGACGGAGGGCGAGUACAGCUCCCUGGAGCACGAGAGUGCAAAGGGGGUCAUUGAAUGCCUGAAGAUCAUCACGCGGGCCAAAUCUCAGCGCAUUGCCAAAUUUGCCUUUGAUUUUGCCACCAAGAAGGGGAGGAACAAAGUCACUGCAGUGCACAAGGCCAAUAUCAUGAAGCUGGGGGAUGGGCUCUUCCUUCGCUGCUGUGAGGAGGUGGCUGAGCUGUACCCCAAGAUCACCUUUGAGACCAUGAUCAUUGACAACUGCUGCAUGCAGCUGGUGCAGAAUCCUUACCAGUUUGACGUCUUGGUCAUGCCCAACUUGUAUGGCAACAUCAUUGACAACCUGGCAGCUGGCCUGGUGGGAGGGGCCGGUGUGGUCCCAGGGGAGAGCUACAGCGCCGACUUUGCUGUGUUCGAGAUGGGGGCCCGUCACCCCUUUGCCCAGGCAGUCGGGAGGAACAUCGCCAACCCCACAGCCAUGCUGCUGUCCUCGGCCAACAUGCUGCGCCAUCUCAACCUGGAGCACCACUCGGCCAUGAUUUCAGAUGCGGUGAAGAAGGUGAUCAAAGUGGGCAAGGUGCGAACUGCAGACAUGGGGGGCUACGCCACCUCAGACGACUUCACCCACGCCGUGAUUGCAGCUCUGAUGGACUAAAAGGGAACUCUGCUGGCGUGGCAGUUCCAGGCCGCUUGGUUUUUCAUUUAUUUAUUCGUAAUUUAUUGUAACUGUUCAUGCUCGCCCAGGCACAUGCAAUAAAAGGAGCCAUUGGCUCUGCCGUGAGAAGCUCAGUGUGGCUGUGAGAAACAGACAGAGAAAUAGUGCUGGCUUUCCACAAGGUUCUUCUUACAUCUGGAGCUCACAGGAGCCCAGCUGAUCGCGAGCAGGCACAUCUUGAGAAAGGCAAACUUGGGGGGGGAGGGAGGCAGUAGGAGGGAGAGUUUUCUGCACUGAUGGGACACACACACACCGCACAAACUGACAACUUUCAGUUGUUUGCCGAGAGCUCUGAUGCGAAGGGACUGAGACCAAUUGAGCAGACUUGGCUGACAAAAAAAGGGGGGGGCAACUGGUGGAGUAAUGGGAGGGACAAAUUGCUUCCAUACAUGGAGUGGCUGGUAGGCACAGCCCUGGAAGCCAGAGGUAGUGUGUGUGUGUGUGUGUGUGAGAGAGAGAGAGAGAGAGGGAGGGAGAAAACACCUGAGCGGUCCACAAAGCUGCCUCCUCCCCAGGGUCUGGGGGGUGGGGGUGGGAGGAGGAGGGGGCUUAAGUCAAACUGCUUUUUUUGCUCAAUGGAGAA